AUGCGCUUCUCGACUUUGCUCCUCCCUUUCGCCGCGGCUCCGCUGGCUCUAGCAGCCCCCGAGCCCAACCCUGUCGCACCGCGGGCGCCUGCGUCGACCGGUGGCCUGCUCUCUGAGCUGCCGGGCAUCCUGGACGGCGUGCAGGAGCUGCUAAGCAAGGACACCAUCAACAACCUCGAGGUGAUUGUCAGCGGCGCUGCGAAGCUGCUGUCCUCCGACAAUAUCGAUAUCCUGCAGGAUAUUCUCAACAACGCCCACACCCUGUUGACCAAGGACUUUGUCGACAACACCACAACGCUGAUCGGCGAUGCCACACCGCUGGUGGAGGACGUGUCGAAGCUGCUGGGUGGGGUGCUGGGCUCGCUAUAG